UUCUGUUAAAAGCUGAACGGGUGGACAAGAUUGUGGACCAGUUGCAGCAGCUGAUGCAGGUGUAUGACUUGGCUGCCCUGCGGGAUUAUUGGAGCUACCUGGAGCGGCGGCUCUUCAGCCGCUUGGAGGAUAUAUACCGACCCACCGUCAACAAACUGAAAACCAGCCUGUUCCGCUUUUAUCUUGUCUACACAAUUCAGACAAACAGAAAUGACAAGGCUCAGGAGUUCUUUGCAAAGCAGGCCACGGAGCUCCAGAACCAGGCCGAGUGGAAGGAUUGGUUUGUCCUGCCCUUCCUGCCGUCUCCAGACACCAACCCCACCUUUGCUACCUACUUUUCUCGUCAGUGGGCCGACACCUUCAUUGUGUCCCUGCACAACUUCCUGAGUGUCCUGUUUCAGUGCAUGCCAGUGCCUGUGAUCCUGAACUUUGAUGCUGAGUGCCAGAGGACCAACCAGGUUCAAGAAGAAAAUGAAGUUCUACGUCAGAAGCUUUUUGCAUUGCAAGCCGAAAUCCACCGACUAAAGAAAGAGGAGCAACAGCCAGAAGAAGAAAAGGCCAUGGUCCAACACAAGUUGCCUCCUUACGUCUCCAACAUGGACCGCCUGGGGGACUCAGAAUUAGCCAUGGUGUGCAGCCAGAGGAACACAUCCCUCUCCCAGUCGCCUCGUGUGGGUUUCCUGUCCUCACUGCUGCCUCAGAGUAAGAAGAGCCCCUCACGGUUAUCACCUGCCCAGGGCCCGCCUCAGGCUCAGAGCUCGGCCAAGAAAGAGUCCAUCAGCAGUCAGACCACUAAAGCAAAGGACCCCACAUGCGGACCCAGGGAUGGGAAGAGCCUCUUCAGCGGGCUGGCCCCGGGGGAGUCCAGCUGGUCACAGCACCGGCAGCGGCGCCUGCAGGACCACGGCAAGGAGAGGAAGGAGCUUCUGUCUCUGACUUUGCAGUGUGCAGAGAAGAAACCUGAAGCUUGCGGCCCCGAACCAGAGCCCUGCGCAGAGCUCCACGUGGAGGCGCUGGAGACGCUGACGCGGGCUGCCUCAGCAGGCCCUGAGGGUGGAGGUGUCCGCUCCGAACAGCCGUUCAUUGUGCUGGGGCAGGAGGAGUAUGGGGAGCACCACUCCUCCAUCAUGCACUGCAGAGUGGAUUGCUCGGGGAGGAGGGUUGCCAGCUUAGACGUAGACGGGGUCAUCAAAGUGUGGUCCUUCAACCCCAUCAUGCAGACCAAAGCGUCCUCCAUUUCCAAGUCACAACUGCUGUCUUUGGAGUGGGCCACCAAGCGGGACCGGCUGCUCUUGCUGGGCAGUGGUGUGGGGACGGUGCGCCUUUAUGACACGGAAGCCAAGAAGAAUCUCUGUGAAAUCAACAUCAACGACGACAUGCCCAGAAUCCUGUCUCUCGCGUGCAGCCCCAACGGGGCCUCUUUCGUCUGUUCGGCCGCAGCUCCAAGCCUCACUUCCCAGGUGGACUUCUCGGCCCUAGACAUCGGCAGCAAGGGCACGAACCAUGUUCCUGGCAAGCUGCUGCUGUGGGACACGAAAACCAUGAAGCAGCAGCUCCAGUUCUCCCUGGAUCCGGGGCCCAUUGCUAUCAACUGCACAGCCUUCAAUCACAACGGGAACCUGCUGGUCACAGGGGCGGCGGAUGGUGUCAUCCGGCUGUUUGACAUGCAGCAGCACGAGUGCGCCAUGAGCUGGAAGGCCCACUGCGGGGAGGUGUGCUCCGUGGAGUUCAGCUACGACGAGAACACCGUGUACAGCAUCGGCGAGGAUGGGAAGUUCAUCCAGUGGAACAUCCACAAGAGUGGCCUGAAGGUGUCGGAGUUCGGGCUCCCCGCGGACGCCACGGGCCCCUUUGUGCUGUCUGGUUACAGCGGCUACAAGCAGGUUCAGGUUCCCCGGGGCCGGCUCUUCGCUUUUGACUCUGAGGGAAAUUACAUGCUGACGUGUUCUGCCACCGGGGGCGUCAUCUACAAGCUGGGCGGGGACGAGAAGGUUCUGGAGAGCUGCUUGAGCCUGGGUGGCCACCGAGCCCCCGUGGUGACCGUGGACUGGAGCACGGCGAUGGACUGCGGGACCUGCCUCACUGCCUCCAUGGAUGGCAAGAUCAAGCUGACCACCCUCCUGGCCCAUAAAGCCUGAGGGCACCUGCCCGAGGAACUUCCACGGAAGCCGUAUCAUCCCCGGGGGAGGGGAGACAGGAGACAGGAAGACGGGACGCUCCAUUUCCGGCUCCCUGCCAGGGCGGGGAAUCUUCAGGGAAAGGCUGUUUGGGGGCUCGGACGGACGCUGUGCAGCCUGGUGACUGGAGCAGGAGCCACCUGGAGGAGUGGCGCGUGUGCCCGGAGACCGGCUUGCCGGGAGGGGCCAGAAGCACCCAGACGGCGGCGGGAGAAAGCUCAGGCGUUCAGAACACUGCAGGUGAAGCAUUGUGAUGGCGGCCCUGUUGGCCCAGGAGAGAUUGACAGUAUUUUGUAUACAUUUGCUCAGUUUCUUCUUUUUUUAAAAAAGAAUGCUCUUGGGUUA